CAGACAACAUUUUCAAACCGUUGACAUAGAGAAAGAACUGCAAGUCAACAGUAGCCUGCCAAAGAGGGAGAUGCACAGUGUCGAGAAAUUUUAAGUGGAUUUUCUAAACCAGUUGUUCUUAUUGAUAGUAAAGACCUUUAUGUUUGAGUUAGCGUCCACUGUACAAUACCACUCACUGUGAUCAUUAAAUCGCCAGAGCUGUAUGCGAAUUAUUUAUCAGCAUUUCUGCUACCCUAUUUGCUAAUCUACUUUUAGACUGUGUUUCUAUCUUAUCAAUUGACUGGUGUUACAGUACAAUUGUUCUAAUAUAGCGAAUUCCUGAAAAAAAAAAUUCUUCGAAAGUUACGUGUAUACAAAUUAUUAGUAAGAUUGCAAGAUGGCAGCCGACCAAAAUCCAAUUCAGCUGAUCCGAUCAAAACUUGUUGAAGCUGGAGGACGCAAAGGGCUAAUGCAUGCCUUCCGACAGAUGGACCGCAACAAAGAUUUUGAACUUUCAAAGAAAGAGUUCAAGACUGGCCUAGAGAAGAUUGGCAUCACGUCAACAGUCGGAGAUGAGGCAGUAGAACGCGCUUUCAAGCUCUUCGACCACGAUGACUCGGGCAAAAUUGAUUACUCCGAAUUUGUGGAUAGUUUGACGUUACCUUUAAUGUCAGCAAACAGACGAAAAAAAGUAAGGGAGAUUUUCGGUCGCCUAGAUAAAGACGGUAGUGAAUAUUGUACGGAAGAGGAUCUCCGGAGUAUGAUGAACAAAGAUGAAAUAGAACAAUUUUUAAAAGAGUUCGACAAGCAAGGAGAAGAAGACGGAAAAAUAUCCUUACAAGAAUUUGCCGCGUAUUAUUGCAAGAUUGGCGAACCUAUGACAGACGAGGAAUUUCACGACAGGAUUCAACGUGAUUGGCCAGAGUGAACUCUCAGCUGUUAUAGCGUCCAAUAAAAUUAACAAGCGUAACAAUUCAAGAAAUUUGUAUACUAUUAUGAUCUGAAUAUAAUAAGACAUGACAUAUUAAAGUGAUAGUCGUAUGUGUGAAGAGUAGGCCUUCAAGUAAUAUAUAGCAAUUUUAAAGUAACAUACAGCAAUAUUAUUAUGACACAUAUAGCUUAUAUAGUCUACAGUUAAUAAUUAUUUUAUUUAAACGGUCAUUUUUUGGAAUUUCAGUGGACCUGUAAUGUAACUUACAUUUAGGCGUAGGCCUAUAACUGUUUUUCUCCGACCGUGCCAAUGAACAAACAGUAUGCUUAUAUAGUCGUAGCUGAGGUUGUGGGUAUUUGUUUAUAUUAAUAUAUAGGCUUAUCAAUUAUUUAUUAUUAUUAUUACAUUGUAGAAAUACAGGAAACUACUUCGUUAAGAGAAUCGUGAAGGUUAUAUAAUUAAUUAAUUAAUUAUAAAUUGCAUUAUUUAUUUCUAAAUAAAUAUUCAUAAAAUACUAUGCAGUCUAAUUUCUCGAGAGUACUCAACUGUAAAAUCCACUAGGCAGACGAUGUUAAUCAUAGACGGCAGACAUUUAACAUUAAUGCCAUCACGUGGAAAAUACGUUGUCACGCACGCAUGCGUUGUACUGUACCAUAUCGCUUUGUACGUUUGGGGGUUUCAAUUAAUUUAUUUCAAUUACAGUACAUCUUCAAA